GCGUUGGAAUAGCGUGGAAAGCUCGACUAAGAACCGAAACACACAAAAAAAAAAAUAAAAAAAUCUGUAUUGUUACUGUACUUCCAUGAGUUUACUGCCAGGAUUGUGUGUUAUAUUCGUUUGGCAGCAUUGAGCUGUAUUCAACAUUCUCUGGGAAUAUUUCCUGAAAGUCUGUUAUCCGUUUUCCAGCUAUUUCUCUAUGUGCCUCGCCAAGUUCACGGACCUGGGGUCGAUGGAUAUACGGUUAGAUCUCUAUUAGCCCAGCAGGAAUUUUCGCAGAAAAAACACCAAAAACAAAUGUUGAACCUCAAAUUCCCUGCACAAGGUCUGCACUAAGAUGUUUAGCUGACAGGAUUAAACCGGUUUCAAACAACACGUUGGAUUACAAGGAAACUACACAUGUGACGUCAGCAGUUGUCAUAGCAGACGGCUCAAGAGGACGAGCGACUACGCGAAAAAGGAACCAAUUAAAUUCACUUCCGGUGAGGAUUUUUUUUCUAACGUGAAAUGGAGAGCAUGGAAAGAGUGAGUUGCUCCGCUAGAGGCAACAUGAACUCCUUCAGCCCUGCCUCCUGCAACUACGGCAUGGGCCGCUUCUUGCCUCGUGGGGCCCCAUUCAGCGACUGCAUGCAGAGUGCAAGCGUGGGCAUGGCUCACGCCGCUGGUGGGCACCUGGGCUAUUCCCCGUAUUCCGCCGCUGACUGGAACCUUUUGUACCACUCGCACGGACUGUCCAACAACUCGCUGGACCGACAGAUGGGCUCCGCCCUGGGCCACCACAGGGCCCCCUCCCACUACUUCUCCAUGUCGCCCAACAUGGGCAAAGACUACGGCUCGUCCCUACACCAGCCCGUGGCCCCGUCGGGCAUGGGCGUCGGGAUGCACGGGACACAUCCGUCGCACCAUUCGCCCCACCCGGCGUAUCCUUCCCCACCGCUGGUGCCGCCACAGCACCAGAGGACCCAGUAUGACAACAACGGGUCUGGAUACCACUCUCUAUGUGGAACGGGGCCAUUGUCUCCUGUUGGGGCCUCAUCCUGUAUAUCACCGGAUAUCGACAAGAAAGAAAACAAACCGAAAGAUUCCCCUGACCCCUACAAACUUGACCUGUCCGUCAAGCCGAGAAAGGAGAGGACGGCCUUUACAAAACACCAGAUCCAGGAGCUGGAGAAGGAGUUCACCUUACACAAUUACCUGACACGUCUGCGGCGAUACGAGUUGGCAGUGGCACUAGAUCUGACAGAGAGACAGGUCAAGGUCUGGUUCCAGAACAGGCGCAUGAAAUGGAAGAGGGUCAAGGGCACCAAGCUGGUCAAGGACAAAGUCGACGGUCAGCUGAAACCCAUCAUGGCGCCCAACGUGACCUCCACCCAGCACGGCGUGGCUUCCGGCAUGACCGACCCCCACCAGGACAGCAUGGGGGACAGUGACCGAGAGGACAUCGAUGACAUGUCUGAUGACAUCGAUGACAUGGGUCACUUGGGUGGCUUGUAAGUCACGUGAGACCCCCACGCCCGCUUCUAUUCAAUCAACGAAGACUCUGAUAAUGAUAUGCAUUAUCGCCACGCACUUCUGUUUCCUGGGAUAUAAAACCUUUUCAAAUUACUUCUAGGCUAUCAAAGACUUUCCAGCCAACAUGAAAUUUAACAUUCACUACUUAACACAAGUUCAAAAUUCAAUUUUCAUUUGGAGUUUCGAAUAUUUGCAUUGGCCUGCCUACACAUUCUUCUUGCCAGCUAUUUCGCAGCUGUGCAGUAGCCUUUUACAUAAUCUCAUGAUUGUAAGAUCAAGUGUAAUAAAUUUACCAAUCAGCCAAUAAAUCGAUGAUUACUUAAUUUAAAUUGAAUUCUGACAUAAAUGGAGAUAUAUUUGACAUGACUUCAAGAUUUGAUGUAUUGUAUCUGUCUUGGAGUAAAUGUCUUAUUUCUGUCUUGGAGUAGAUAUUUUAUUUCUCUGCAUCAACUCAAAGAUUUCGGAGUUUUAAGUGAACUAUUACUGGUCAUACCUAUUUCUUGAGGAAAAAAAAAUACGUUUUUGAAGGCAAAAUUUUCUGAAUCGUGUUUGAUGGGACUCCUGAAAAUAAAACUCAUUCUAAGAGCAAUAAAUAUUUUGAAUUACAAACUCAUUAUGGUAUCCAAAUGUCGCAUGUCAUUGACGUGUCAUUCACAUGCCAGUUAUCAUUCGCCGAAAGUUUUGAUACGUUGUGGCUUCUUAGGAUUCUAAACCAGGACAUUUAGCGAUUGCUUGGUCUUUGGGCCGGACACUCUUUUAGGACUCUAGACCUGGACAUUUAGCGAUUGCUUGGUCUUUGGGUUGGACACUCUUUUAGGACUCUAAAUCAGGACAUUUAGCGAUUGCUUGAUCUUUGGGUUGGACACUCUUUUAGGACUCUAGACCUGGACAUGUAACGAUUGCUUGGUCUUUGGGUUGGACACUCUUUUAGGACUCUAAACCAGGACAUUUAGCGAUUGCUUGAUCUUUGGGUUGGACACUCUUUUAGGACUCUAGACCAGGACAUUUAGGGAUUGGUUUUGGUCCUUGUGCUGAACACACAUCUAGGACUCUUAGACAACAGGACAUUUAUCGAUUUAUCUUGAUCUUUAUGCUAGACACUCAUGUAGGACUCAAGACCAAAAUUUUCAACUAUUGGUCGUUGUGCUGCAUACUCAAUCACUAUUGUACAUUUUUAACCUCAGAAACGAAUGAGCCUUACUUAGACAUAUUAGUUGACUCCUUAUGCCAAGUUGUUUUUUAGAUCAGUGCAAGCUGCCUUUGUUUAUAAAACACGCCUUCGAAUCAAAGAAUUGUUAUUCAAUUGUAGCAAUACAAAGUGCCUUCAUGUAUAAGUGUAUAUUUAUAUAACUGUUUUUUAAGGUGCUAGACUGCAGGGGUUCUCAACCUGUGGAUCACGACCCCCUUGUGGGUCGAUUGACCAUUUGCCAGGGGUCGCUUAAUUCGCCUACUCUUAUAUAGCUGUAUGUGUGUGCGUGUGUGUGUGUGGGGGGGGUCGCGGCAGAGUGGGAGAUUGUAAAAAGGGGUCGCCGAGCUUAAAAGGUUGAGAACCGCUGUGCUAGAGUAUCCAUUUCAAAAGAAUCCAGUUGGGUUAUGAUAGAUAUUUAUAUUUUAUACUUUAUUUUAAUUGCUCUAUUUUUUCUUGUGAAAUAUAAAUGGUCUACAAAUAUUUUAGUUUGUAUUGGCAACUGUCAACUAAUACCAUAACAGUUUAAUAUGACAGCAUUAGGUCAUAGCUUAUGACUUCUGUGCACAAAUGACUUUCCUUUUCGUAUGCUUGUCCGACUGUCGCCGGGAGUACUAGCCCUGCCCAAUGUCAUCCCAUGUCGUCAUGCAAGACGUCUGAGCUAGGACGUAAUAAUCUUCAGUUGUAAUGGAUCGUCCGAAGCUUAAACGUCCUUCUCGUGUCAAAUCAUUUUUACAAUAGUAUUAAGUCAUAUUUCAUGACAUUAUUAGUUCGCAGUUCAUGACAAUAUUAAGUCAUAUUUCAUGACAUUAUUAGUUCACAGUUCAUGACAAUAUUAAGCCAUAUUACAUAACAGUAUUAAGUCAUAUUUCAUGGCAAAAGUAACAAUAUUUCAUGAAAGUAUUACUUUACAUUGAAUGCCAAUAUUAAAUCAUAUUUCAUGACAGUAUUAAGUCAUAUUUCAUGUCAUUUUAUGAAGAAUAUGUAUUCAUAUUUUCCACAGUAUAAAGUCAUUUUCAUGACAUUUUUUAAAGUCAUAUUGCAUGACAGUAUUAAUUCACAUUUCUAGACAGUAAUAAGCCAUAUUUGAUGAAACAGAAUGAAAUAAUAUUUCAUCGCAGUAAUAAAGUAUAAAAUUAUCUUUCAUGCCAGAAAUUAGCCAUAUUUUAUGUUACUGUUAAAGUUACAGUUAAAGUUACACUCUAUGAAAUUGUAGUCAUGUGUCAUGACAGCAUUAUGUAGUCAUUUUACUUUAUAAAAAGUAAAUAGUAGUAAAUAGUUUUACGUACAGUUGAGUGUGUGAUUGCACCAAUGAGUGUGUGUGUGUGUGUGUCAGUCUAGCAGUGCAAGAGAGUGUUUGUGUGUGUAUGUGUGGGCAUAUUUUGUCCGAAUUAUUUUUUUGUUUGCACAUUUGAAAUAAACUAUUUUUGACGCAA